GCGCAGACAAUGCGGAUGAGAUAGAAGCUAUUCUCUCAGAACGUGAAGGCCAUUCCUUACACGAAUUCAUUGAUGGGGAUGAGCCACUCCGGCCUAUUAUAGAUUUUGAUUUACCACAAGAAGUGCUUGAUACUAUUGAGCCUAAGCUAACACAUAAAGAGGUACGAGAUUCACUUAUUCUUGCUUUAGAAAGACAUGUUUAG